AAACAGAUAGGUAGAUAAAUAGCAGUCUCAUUGUCUUCGGUUUAAUGUUUCUUCUACCUUGAGCACAGUCAGCGAAACCCGCUUAAUGAGAGAAAUGGCAAGUUCCGAGUGGCAUCUCUCGUUGAAAUUGACGGGAAAGCCCAAAUCGGUUUUCCAGUUUCCUGAGAUGGGACCUGGAGACGUGAGUCCAGGCAGCUACACAGUCUCAACAGUUAAACAACUGGUUUCGGCUCAGUUAUCAGAUUCACUGCCGGAUGCUGAACUUAUUGACUUGGUGCAUUGUGGCUGUAAGCUGAAAGACGACCUCACGUUAGACUCCUAUGGUAUUAAAUCUGGAUCCACUUUGCACAUCCUAAAGAAGUCUUGGCCGGAACCAAUGGUCACACCUGAACCGAUUGACAGAACCACAGCCGCCAGGGAGUUUCGCGUUCUUCAGAAUGCCCUCCACAACAGCGCUGCCUACAGAGACACGGUGUUUAAGAUGCUGAACAAUAAGGAGUCUCUGGAGCAGAUCAUUGUGGCUUCACCUGGAGUCAGCUCUGAUCCAGUCGCAUUAGGAGUCCUCCAGGAUAAGGACCUGUUCGUGCAGUUUGCAGAUCCUAAAAUGCUUGACAUGCUGAUCGGUUCACAUCCGGCCUUGGUCAACGCCAUCAUUCUGGUCCUGCACUCAGCGACAGGCAGCAUGUCCAGUCAACACAGCUCCUCUCGUAACAACGUUUCCUCAGGCUCCUUCCCUGAAAUGCCAGGAGGGUUUCUGUUUGAGGGACUAUCUGAUGAUGAAGAGGACUCUCAGGCAAAUCUGGCAGGGACAUCAAGAGGUCAGAGGGCACCCACAGGGUCGCGACCUAUGAGCCUAGGUCAGAGUGGGGCGACCGGACCCAGACCCAUCACUCAGAGUGAACUUGCCGCGGCUCUGGCUCUCGCCAGCUCCCCAGACAGCACUGCGGUCUCCCCCCCCCGUCAGGAGACAUCUUCUAGUGGAAACACCGUCAGUACCGACCUGUUUAACCAGGCACUGCGGCAGGCGCUACAGGUGACCCCUGCAGCUCCUCAGGUGAGCAGUCGUUGGCAGUCCCAGCUGCAGCAGCUCAGAGAUAUGGGGAUUCAGGAUGAAGAACUGAUGUUGCGUGCACUGCAGGCCGCGAAUGGAAACCUCCAGGCUGCUUUAGACAUCAUCUUCUCUGGAGGAGGAGGAGUUUGAGGAUGGGGAGACAGAUGGGGAGGUGGGGAGGGGUGAGGAAACGGGGCUGUGCUAUGUGCAGCGUCUGAGGGAAACACUGUACGCUUUUAAAACGAGAACUCUUCUACCUCUCUCAGGUCAUAUGCAACAUUAUCAUUCCUCUCAACAGAAAAGGGCUGUUUUACUUUCCAGUUUUGUAAUGAAUAAAACAAAUUAAAAGUCAUUUUUAUGUUUAUUCAUGCCACCUUGUGAGGUAAUUACUGUAAAAUUGAUUACUUAAUUUUCAGCGUUCUCCACUGAGACUCUUUAAAUUGUAUCUUUUACAUUGGACUUCAGAAUGUGGCCUGUAGGUGGCAGUCUUCCACCACGUGAAUGAUCUGAAAGCAUUAGUCUCUCAGCCUAUUUUUAAAGCUUCAACUGGGCCAGUUGUGAUGAUACAAUACCUCCUGAAUAACUGCAACAUAAGAUGAAAGUUAAAACGGCAUGUCCGAUUCUAAUGCUUUUAAACCAUUGUGUCUUAAACAACAGAGAAAUGAAGCACACUCACAUGCUCUCCUUCUUCCUCAAUGUGUCA